AUGCAGCUUUUGCUGGAUUCCUUAACAGUUGAUGUUAAUGAGAGGAGAGCCAUGGUGACGUCGACCAAUGGCAAACGAUCUGGGCCUUUGAAAGGAGAGACUGAAUCUCAAAGCGUACUUAUAACGAUGACCACGCGGUUUGCAGAAGACACUUCUCGUUGGGCGGUCGCCGGGUGCCUGUCUCGCCUUCGGAGUCUUCUGCGUCUGGCCAUCACGGAGAGAUCAAUAGGACAUAAGGUAUCUAGAAAUAAUAUUCCAGCAAAGAGUGAUAUAUUUACCAUGUCAACACGCAGUCCCUGUAAACAACAAAGAUAUAUUAGUUAUACCGACCAUAGUAACCCAACAACCUUAGUACUGUUCAAGUACACUGAACUGGCCGGUUUCCUGUCCACUUGGGGCGUGGGAAUCUUCAGGGUGGCAGAUGGCGACAGGGAUGCCAACGCGACAGAAGACCAGCUGUCACAGAUGGUUCCUUUAGCUCGUCAGAUUCGCCUCAGCCACCGAUGCACCAACGUUGUGGUGAUCAGCCGUGACCUGACCUUCCUCUACGCCUUCGCCAAGAGGUCACUCCGAGGCCGCCUGUUGGUCUGGUCGACGAAGCUCCUCCUGGUCACCCGCCAAGCUCUACAGGAGGUCCAGAAGCUCUUGGAAGCUCACUGGACUUUCGCCAUGAUGAACGCGGCCAUUCUGAAUCUUUGGGAAGACGCGGGCGGGGUCAGAUACGACGUGUAUCUCCACCUGCCCUACGGACCGGACGGGGAAAAAUCGCGCCGUGUGGCCAGCUGGACGGCGGGUCGCGGCGUCGCUCUCAUAGCCGGCCGUCGCCUCUUCCCCGAAAAAUUCUUGGACUUCCACGGCGCCGAGGUCGGAGUGACUGCCCUGCCCUUCCUCCCCUUCUGGGACGUGACCAAGGAGAAGGGAAAGGACGGCGACGAAGAGGAACGCUACACGGGGACUGACUACAUGCUACUCGAGACGCUGGCGAGGAAACUGAACUUCACCAUCCGCAUGCUGCCGGUGGCGUCGUGGGCGGAGGCCACGAGACUCGUCGAGGAGCGGCUGGCGUUCUGCUCGUCCAUCUACCACAUCGUCUUCCCCGACCGCCUGGACCGCUACGAUUUCACCUACACCUACGAGUUGGCGCAGCUGUCCUUCAGUCUGGCCAAGCCCUUCCUCAAGCCCCGCUGGCAGAGUCUCUACUACCCGCUGACCGACGAGGUGUGGGCGGCGAUUCUUGCGGCGGUGGUGGUCGUCCCGCUGGUGGCGUUCGGGAUCACCCGCCUCUGGCCCGUGGGAGAAGCGGAGGAGGAGGAGGACGAGAGCGGGGCAAGGGCGUGGCGAACGAAGCUAGGAAGGGUCGCCCAGGACUUCAUAGGGAUGCUCCUCGGGCAGUGUCCCCCUCAAGGGCUACCCAGGAGAGCUUCCACUCGAGUCCUGGUUGGGACUUGGCUGGUCUUCUCCCUAGUGGUGGUCGCCAUCUACCGAGGGAAUCUGACGGCGUCACUCAUGCUGCCCAAGUACCCGCCGAGGCCUGAGACGCUGGCCGACCUCCUCACCGCCGUAGAUGCAAUCGCCAUGCCGCCCUACGGAGAGGAUCACCGUCGUUUCUUCAAGGCAUCAGAUUCCAUUAUCUUCAAUCGGGCAGCGGAUCUUAUGGUGAUCGGACCGUCGGUGAUGGAGGGACUGACGGGCGCUACGCAGGGGAAGUGCGUUCGAGUUGCUUCGUCUGGGUGUUAG